AUGUGCUUUACACAUUCGUCCAAGGACCUGUGCGGAAUCUGGGACUCUCGGGGCGCCGGCGUGGAAUCUAAUAGGUUGAUACGAAGUUACUUGACGUCGACGUUCGAUUAUACUACGGAUUUGCGCUGCCUGGCUGCCGUGGACGUGGACGUGGACGUGGACGUGGACCCCGACCCCGUCCCCGACCCCGACUCUGAUUCUGAUUCUGCCGGCCUUAUUCGCCGUCUCCCCGCUGUCUACUCGACAUACCUAGGUAAAAGUCAUCCAUCUAAGAGAUACAGUUGUACGUUGUACAGUUGUAUUGUUUCGCAUGGUUACAAUGGAUAUGUCGAUGUCGCUAUGUUGCCAUCUCACACGGUACACCUGGCACACUUCGACCGUCCAUCUCUAACCGAACCUCUGCCCCUCUGCCCCUCUGCUCUCAACUACGACGACGACGACGACGACGACGACGCCCCGCAUACUCCUAGCUACGCGAUAUGAGGGGUCGAGCUGCAGCUGAAAGUCUACAAUCGUAG